AUGAAGGUCGUCCAAUUCGCAGAAACCGGAGGCUCCGAUGUCCUGAAGUUGGCUGAUGUCCCCAAACCAUCACCGAAGCCAACAGAAGUCCUCAUCAAAGUCGAGUAUUCUGGCGUCAACUUCAUCGACACUUAUCGCCGCACAGGACUCUACCCAGUGCCCCUUCCAUGCAUCACUGGGCUCGAAGCCGCCGGUGUCAUCGAAGCACUCGGAGCCGAAGUGGCCCCUGAGUACAAACUCAAGGUAGGCGACCGCGUUGGGGCCUGGGUCCAGGGCUCGGCCGCCGAGUAUGCAGUGGCAGCGGCCAAAUACGUGCUUCAUCUGCCGUCGCACGUCUCGACCCGCGAUGGCGCCGCCGUACUGCUGCAGGGUCUGACUGCCCUCACGCUCCUCCGGGACGCCCACGAGGUCAAGCCAGGCGAGACCAUCUUGGUGCAGGCCGCGGCCGGAGGGACAGGCGGCAUGCUGGUGCAGAUCGGCAAAGCACUGGGCGCUACCGUCAUCGGGACCACGUCCACGGAGGCGAAGGCCGAGACGGCUAGGGCGAAUGGGUGUGAUCAUGUCAUUAUUUACAAGGAGAAGGAUGUCGAGGAGGAGGUGAUGAAGAUGACGGAAGGGAAGGGCUGUCAUGCCGUGUAUUCGGGAAUUGGGAAGGCUACCGCCGAGGCGGACUUGAAUAUGACGAGGCGGAAGGGCACAUUUGUUACUUUUGGGAAUUCGAGCGGUGCGAUUGAGAGUGUCAAGCCCUUGGAUCUGGCCAAGAAUAACGUUAAGUUGGUACGCCCGACUCUGUUCAACUACCUUAUUGAGCGGGAGGAUUUCGUGACAAGGAGCAGCGAGCUGUUGGCUCUGGUUGAGAAGGGCGCUGUCAAGGUGAAUAUCGGGGGAGAGUAUGCCCUUGCCGACGUGGGAAAGGCGCAGGAUGCUCUUGUCAGCCAGAAGACUGUGGGCAAGCUUGUGAUCAAGAUUUAA